AAGGUUUGGUCAGAUAUUGCUCACAAAAUAAUAGGCAACGAUAACUGCGAUGCGGCUGACGCUCCACUAGCACUACCUAGGGUAAUGAAUGCGACGGGAUGCGACAAAGAAACCCCCUGUAUUCCCCCUAACCAAGCAAUUUCAGCCCUGAAAUCUUCAAGACUAAUCUCAAAAUAUACUUCUUAAAUCCACAUCUAUCUACAGCUUCAUCUUUUUAACCCAAAUUUUAUCGCGCCAAUUGGAUAUUAUCUAGACGUUUUGCUUUCGUUUCGCUGCCAAUCAUAGUAUUGGGUAUUAAUUAUUUACUUCGUUUGUUAGGGCCUCACUUAUGAAUACGCUUAAAUGUCGCCAUUUACGCAGGACCGAGAUGGAUAAUUCAACAGAUGGCGACAAAACGAUAGGCAACACGGGGAUGGAUAGCGCUACACUUGCGGGUGUAAUAUCGACGGCGAUCAGUUUUGUCGCAUUAAUCGUGUCAUCCAUUCAGUUGUUAUACCAGUAUUACACCAACGUAUCUCUUAAUGCGCUUGGUGCAAGAAAUUGCAACAGUUGGGUAAUGGGACCCUGGGCCGGGGCUACCCGUCGUCGAUGGCGUUGGUUGGAAUUACGAUUCGAGAUCAUAUUCCAAUCGCCCAUUCUCUUCGUCGCCCCGGCUUUCAAUAGACGUGGGCCUGUUCCAGGUCGGGAGAUUUGGUAUAUAGAUGGAAGCGACCAAAGCUAUCAGGAAACCCGGACACCAUUACCUAUCGACGCGGGCUCUCUUCCGAGGACUACGGCCAUCCGACGUGGUGUUAAUGUCGAGGCUACUUGGGUGCUAUUACUCCGAACUUUGCAAAGCAUGGAGCGUGAUAGUGCAAGAUGGCACGAACUGAUGCAUUUUAAUGUGGAUGCGAAAAAACCGCGACCUUUCUCCGCCCGCACAAUCGCCGUCGCAGUCCAAGCGCAGACGUUGUCAUGGGAUUUCGUACCCAACUUCAAAAAGCCAUUCGCGGGUACGACUAUUUGCCAUAUAGUAGAGAUAGCAGCUAUGCUCGGCAUCUACUGGACCAUGUGGGAUUCAAAAGCGGACAGGUACCGAGCGGAGGGUAACGGGUGUAUAUUACUAGGAUCUUUCAAUGCCGAGCAAGGUAUCGUGUUUACACUUGUUAGACACGACAAGACCGUAUUUCUCGACAAUCGACUUAUUCCUAAUAACUCGAUUAAGAGGUUUUGCUUUGGUUUUAGUCCGACAUUUUAUUUUCUGGAUAAGUAUGAAUAUCUUGAUGAAAAGAACAUGACGAAAAGACCCACGGAGCCGAUUCUCCCAAUGUUGAAAUUGGGCAGUCGGCAGGAGAUUGCUGAGACGUUGAUGGAUAUCGGGUGCCCUAUAACGGUUGCUGAGUAUUUUCUUAAUGAGGAUGCGAGGACUUCUCAUUUAUUUCCUGUCAUAUUCGAUGUUCUUGGUAUGCUGGGUCGAUCAUUAUCAGUUGAAGGAUAUUGCUACCGCAUGCUACCCAAUCCAACGAUAUUCCGCUGGGACCGUCGAUGGUUCAACACAAGACGUCUCCUUCUAGUCUUCAAGGAGUACCAAACCGAACUCUACAAAAACUACGCUGCAGCUGGAGAUAUCCCCGGUCCAUUAAUUUCCAUUAGGUCUGCACUCGACCGCUUGAGUUCGUACCUAGAGAAUCCCCUAAUCAAAGAUUUCUCCCCUAUUCUCCUCGAUAACCUCCGCGAGGUCAUGUCAACCUUGGAUACACUUUUAAUAGAAUCAUCAGAGGACGAGGACCAUCCCUCGGAAACCAUCGUCCUUGAAACCGUCAACCGCCACAUCGCCUGCGUCGUCGCAGAUCUCAGCCAACGUCCGUCACGCCUCCUCGAUUUAUUCCCACUCGGCCGCGCCAACGAAGGCGCUAACGAGGUGUCUUUAAUCUCAUUUCUCUUCGAGCGCAGCCGAUGGGCCGCAACGCAUAUUUACAAUCCCGACCUAUCCAUCGCACACCGGGAGUUCAAUCAACGGUUCGCGAUUACAAAGAUUGAGGUAAACGUCGUCGAGAAAAUGCAAGUCCCGACUUGUUCUUUGGGAUUACGAGACAGACCGCGUCUCCGCGAUACUACGUGGUGUUUGUUGGUUUUCCGUAUGCUUUGUUGGUUGCAGUUGCAUGAUUUUCAUAAGGAUGAUGUUAUGGUUCCGAGGAGUGCGACGUAUGGGAGUCGUAUGCCAGUUUAUAUUAUUUAGGACCUGUGAAUAGGGACCUUGGGAUGUGGGUGAGUGGGAUGCAUGUGGUGUUGGAUACCCCCAAGUAUUUUUCUUGUUUUUGUGAGCAGGAAAGUUACGUCGUAUAUAUGGUUGGAGAAAGAGAUUGGUUAUUUUUAUGAGAUAUGAAAGGUAUAUCACCUAUUCCAGUAUACAUCUGAGGCUAUACCAUGUCUGUAAGGCUUAAUUACAGGGCAUACCCAAGUCAUCGUUGUACCACCAAACCCGUCAGAACUUAACUGUUUGUUGGUGACGAGGAUUUACUUAGCGCGCGGCUCGAUCCGUCGAUAAAAAGUACGGUCGUUAUACACACUAUUUUUAACAUAUUCCACUAUUAGUGACUGUUAUUUUAGCA